AUGUUCGACGACGGGAGCGACAGGGUGUCCGCACCCUCGCUGCGUCCUCCGCUGCACAACACCUCCUCUCCGCGCGACAAGGAGCCCGUUGGCUUCGAAAAGCUACUGAAGUGGCAAGAUGAACGGCGUGCAAGGAAGCUGAAGGGCGAGUACGAAUCUGCGGUGACCCACCUUUCGGAAGUCAUUAAUGGGAAUCUGGACGCGCCGCUGAGGAUCUCGGCGGUGCGCGUGGAGGGCGCGACGGGGACGCGCGCGUCCUUCCUUUCGUCGCUCAUCGACCCCGCCCUCUCCUCCUCCUCGUCGCCUCCGACCCUAAAAUCCGUCCUGCACACUACCCGCUCCCUUUCCUCCACCCUCCAAUCCACAGGCCUCUUCUCCUCUCUCACAUGCACCCUCGUGCCUCCUACCUCUCCCACCUCCUCUCUUUCCCCCUCUUCCCCCUCCCCAAUCCCCGAAGUCGACCUUCUGAUCAAGGCCAGAGAACGCGGGAAGUACUUCCUCUCCUCGUCCACCGAGAUAGGCAACGCGGAGGGCACGGCCAGCGCGGUCGCGAGGGUAAGGAAUGUGUUUGGCGGCGCGGAGACCUUCGAGGCGAACGUGUCGAUGGGGACGAAGACACGCAGGGCAUUUCGGGCGACGCUGUCGGCGCCGGUGGUGCUGGGCGGCAGACUGGGCACAGUAGGCGAGGUGGGGGUGUAUGGCAUGGAGAGGGACUUGACUUCAUAUGCAAGCUGUAUGGAGGGGUUGAGGGGUGCGAGGGCUUCGUUGAAGCAUACAACCCCGCACGGGACCCACGAACUCGCAUACGACUUUGUCUCGCGGCACAUUGCUAACCUCGCGCCGAGUGCCUCGCUCAGCAUGCGCCAUGCCGCCGGCCCCUCCCUCAAAUCCGCGGUGUCCCACACCUUCGUACACGACACCCGGGACGACCGGCUCGCAGGCACGCGCGGAUUCUUCCUCAAGACCACCAGUGAACUAGCAGGCAGAGGGGGGUGGCUGGGCGGGGACGCGCAGCACGUGAAGCUGGAGGUGGAGGGGCAGGUGUCGCGGCGGGUGGCGUCCCUAGCUGGUGUGGGCACUUCGCAUGGAGGUGACGGUGCGGAGGGUGGGCAAAGCUGGUGGAAGUCCCUGGCACUCUCGCUCUCCUGGCGAUCGGGCGUGCUAUGGAGUCUAAGAGGGGAAGAGGGAGGGAAUGGGAAGGAAAAGACCUUGUUUUCGGACAGGUUCCAGCUUGGAGGACCCACGAGUGUAAGGGGGUUCGUGGCGAACGGGAUGGGCCCAAGGGAUGGUGACGACUCCCUAGGUGGCACCGUAUACUACGCGGCAGGCGCAAGCGUCACUGGAAAUAUUCCAGGCAAACCGCACUGGCCAGUGAAGACGCAUCUGUGGGCGAACGCGGGGCGGUUGGACGUGCUUGAUCAAUCCAACCAACCCUCCACGCAACCUCCCACUCUCACCCGCCUCGCCCAGCCCGCGCUCUCCGCCGGGUUAGGGCUCGUCUACCGGCUCGAUCCCGUUAGGGUAGAGGUCAACUUCGGGAUGCCGCUUGCGCUGAGCGAGGGAGAGAGGGGACGGAGAGGGGUGCAGGUGGGCGUGGGGGUUGAGUUUGUUUGA